CAACAUCAAUUUCUUUCUUUAACACAAUCUCCUAUCAUUUGAUCUUUCUUUCCCUCAAAUUAUGCCUCUAAAUCACUUCAAGUCUGUCAACUAAAUCAGAUAGAUCUUCAACUUUUGAUGGGAAGCAUGGCAGCCAAUAGGGGUCAAGGUGGAAUCCAACAAUUGCUGGCUGCAGAACAAGAGGCUCAACACAUUGUCAAUGCUGCCAAAAGUGCAAAAAUGGCAAGACUGAAACAAGCUAAAGAAGAGGCUGAAAAGGAAAUUGCUGAAUAUCGGGCCCAAGUGGAGCGUGAGUUCCAGAGGAAACUUGCAGAGAGCAGUGGAGAUUCAGGUGCAAAUGUUAAGCGGCUUGAACAAGAGACUGAGGCGAAGAUCUGUAAACUAAAAGAAGACGCUGCAAGGAUAUCACAAGAUGUAGUUGCGAUGGUUCUGAAGCAUGUGACAACUGUGAAAAAUUAAGUCUGUGGAUGGUAAAGUGAUAUUGCAAACUCCUAAAUCUUGUUAAUUAUGGACUGGUUCUUCAUGGACCUUAGACUGCUUGUGUGUUUUGGAUAGGAUUUCUUGUUCUGGUAAUUGUUAUGCUGUGUACUGUACUCAAAGAAUGCCAUAAAUGCCUUCUAUGUUAGAAAGAAUAAUAUCCCUCAAAGUGUUGCCAUCUCUUCUUAGGCAAAUUGAUUCUAUUACAAA